GACACACUCAUUGUUUGGUCAGAAGCGGAUAAUUACGACCUUGCUCUGAGCUUCCAGGAAAAGGCCGGCUGCGAUGAGAUUUGGGAAAGGAUCUGUCAGGUACAAGGCAAAGACCCCGCUCUGGACAUCACUCAGGACCCCAUCGAUGAAUCAGAGGAGGACCACUUUGAGGAAAUUCCCGAGACGAGCCACUUGGUCGAGCUCCCGGCGUGCGAAUUGGGUCGACUGGAGGAAAUCGCCGACCUGGUCACCUCGGUUCUCUCCUCCCCCAUUCGGCGGGAAAAACUAGCACUGGCUCUGAUGAGUGAGGGCUACAUAAAGAAACUGCUGGGCCUCUUCAGAGUAUGCGAGGACCUGGACAACAGAGAAGGCCUGCACCACCUCUAUGAGAUCGUGCGGGGGGUCUUGUUCCUCAACAAAGCCGCCCUUUUCGAGGUGAUGUUCUCAGAUGACUGUAUCAUGGAUGUGGUCGGUUGCCUCGAGUACGACCCGGCGUUGGUUCAGCCGAAAAGACAUCGGGAAUUCUUGACCAAGACGGCUAAGUUUAAGGAAGUGAUCCCGAUCACGGACUCUGAGCUUCGGCAGAAAAUCCACCAGACCUACCGGGUUCAGUACAUCCAGGACAUAAUACUGCCUACGCCCUCAGUGUUUGAGGAGAACUUCCUGUCCACCCUCACCUCCUUCAUUUUCUUCAACAAAGUGGAGAUUGUCAGUAUGUUGCAGGAGGACGAGAAGUUCCUCACGGAGGUCUUUGCACAGCUCACAGAUGAAGCCACAGACGACAGUAAAAGGAGAGAGCUGGUGAACUUCGUCAAGGAAUUCUGCGCUUUCUCCCAAACUUUGCAGCCACAAAACAGAGAUGCCUUUUUUAAAACUUUGGCAAAUUUGGGGAUUUUACCUGCCCUGGAAAUAGUCAUGGGAAUGAACGACCUCCAGGUGAGGGCGGCGGCGACGGACAUCUUCUCCUACCUGGUGGAAUUCAGCCCCUCCAUGGUCAGGGAGUUCGUCAUGCAGGAGCCUCAGCAGACGGACGACGAUGUUCUGCUGAUAAACGUGGUGAUCAAGCAGAUGAUUUGUGACUCGGACCCUGAGUUAGGAGGAGCCGUUCAGCUGAUGGGCCUUCUCCGGACUCUCAUUGAUCCUGAGAACAUGCUGGCGUCCACCAAUAAAACAGAGAAAACGGAGUUUCUGAGUUUCUUCUACAAGUACUGCAUGCACGUCCUCACAGCUCCCCUGCUGGCCAACACGGCGCAUGACAAGACCUCCAAAGAUCAACAGGAGGGAUCCACAAAGAUCAACCCCGUCUGUCCCGACAACUUCCAGACAGCUCAGCUGUUGGCUCUGAUCCUGGAGCUGCUCACCUUCUGUGUGGAACACCACACCUACCACAUCAAGACGUACAUCAUGAACAAAGACCUGCUCAGGAGAGUGCUGGUGCUCAUGAACUCAAAGCACACCUUCCUCGCUCUUUGUGCCCUGCGUUUCAUGCGCAGGAUCAUCGGUUUAAAAGACGAGUACUACAACCGCUACAUCAUCAAAGGGAACCUGUUCGAGCCCGUCAUAAACGCCCUGCUGGACAACGGCACGCGAUACAACCUCCUCAACUCGGCCAUCAUCGAGCUCUUCGAGUUCAUCAAAGUGGAGGACAUCAAAUCUCUCAUCGCUCACAUUGUGGAUAACUUUUACAAAGCACUUGAACCCAUCGAGUACGUUCAGACCUUUAAGGGCCUGAAGGGGCGCUACGAACAGGAAAAAGACCGGCAGAGUCAGAGACUCAACAGAUAUCGCAGAGAUGCGCGAUCGCUGGACGAGGAUGAAGAGAUGUGGUUCAAUGAUGACGAGGACGAUGAAGAUGCAGAGGCAACGGAGAAAAGGAUGGAAGACGACUUCUCUGACAGCUACGGCAAGUUCAUGGAAGCCAAAAAGGGUGCUGCCAACGCAGCAAACGGUGCCAACAAUGGGAAGGCAGCGGCGAUCGCUCCUGCUUCUCCAGUCGUCUCUCCGAACAGCAGUCCGUCGUCCUCCGUCAAAACCGUGGCUCUGCCUCCUACCUGUGUCGUAAAGCCGACUCUUGUCGUCGGUUUGGUGGAUUAUCCAGAUGAUGAAGAUGAAGAAGAUGACGAGGAGGAGGAAGAUCAGUCUCCAAGGAAACGACCCCGUUUGAGCUCUUAAAGUCAGUUUGCCGCAGUGGAUGGACGCCGUCCCUCCAAACCCUCCUCCUCCGGUCCUCGGCCUGCCCGUGCCAUCUGUCGGUCUCGGCGAGAAGAGGACGAGCACCCGCCUUACCCAGAAUUCUCGGCUGCACUGUUUCUCCGUCGGUUGGAGAUGUGUGGACAGGCAGAUCAUCGUGAUCCUCGUGGCUGCUGUUUUUUAUUUUUUUUUCAUAAUGCUAUUUCUUUUGGCCUUUCCUGGAAGAGCCAACCCUCCAAAAAAACGAAAAAAAAAAAAACCCAAACUUUCUGCUUUCUUAAACCUUGGAAAAACCUCUCUCUGCUCUCCUGGUUUUUAUUUUUCCCGUUAUCCUAUUUCUACUCACCUGCUGUUGGAAGUGGUUCUCGCUUCCACUGUUGCACCCGCGGCGAGGAGUCUGUAGCAGCCAAGGAUCACACGGGAACUCAUCGCUCUCCAGCCUAAACCAAUGAGCUCCAGAGGCGCAGGAAGCAACACAACAGCCAGCGUACAACCAUUGAGCUGGCCAGUCAGGCUAGCAGGACUAGCCACUGUAGAAGUAGAAAGCUUGACUGGCUGAAGCCGACGUUUGCUACCCUGCCACAGAACCAUUUCUUACUAGUUUUGUCAGAAAAAUGGGUCUAGGCAGCUUAAAACAAUGACUAGAGAAGGAAGGUGAAAAAAACAGGAUCCGCUUUGUCCAGUGGAGCAGGACUGGAACCUUAAAAGCCAUGGCGUGAGUUUGAAGUCAAGGAAAACACCGUCUCACAAGACUGCGUUAGCCAGAAGUCCUGUAUUUCAUGUCAAAGUACUGUACAGAUCUUUUUUUUCUCCCCUUUUUAAUCAUUUCUUGCUGUGAUUUUGAAAGGGAUUAGAGACACCCACCGGCUUGUACUUUCUUUUUUUGUUUGUCAUUGUGCAAAAAGGUGGGGGUCACUUUUCACUCUCUGUCCAGUGUUUUUUGAUUUAAUGUAAAAUACAGAAAGGUUGCAAAUGCUGGUUUUAAAAAAAUAACACAUUAAAACUUGCAGUAAAGUCACUUUUGCAACGUUC